AUGGAAAUAGAUGAUCGUGCGAGUGAAGCAGAUUUUAGAGUAAAUGUCAAGUCAAAAGCAGUCGUUCGGGAACAGCUUGAAAAGUAUAAAGACGUAUUUAAAACGUUGCUAGAUGGCCAAAGUCAAAUUUCCGAAGAGGACAAGGCCAAACUGCUGAAAGAAAUGGUUGUGAACUUUGAGUUUGCAGUACAGGAAAAUAUAGUUAUUGGUGGCUUAUCAUGGGAUGAGGCAUCAGAGGAAUAUUGUGAAGACAAUGAGAGUAAGUUAAAUGACACAUUGGAUGAGAAGAUUGUUGAAACUGCUUUGAAACGCAGCUCUUACCCGAAGCAAAUACGCAACCAAGUUGUGCGCUCACUGAGAGCAGAGAGAAAGCUUAUGGGUUUGUAUGAACAGGCAGUAAAGCCAGAAGACAUAAAACCAGACCCUGUUCAAGAAACUAUCAUGAAAAACUUAUCCACCACUGCUCCCACCAUGUUCAAACAAGCCAGUGCAGUUAUGAAGUCUCUGAGAAGUCUGAAGCAGGCUGCCGACGGCUUGCGUCAAGCACUAAACAUGCAGCCUUCUUUGGAGUCGGUGGAAAUCUAUAAAGAAAUUUUGGGAAGUUCAGUGGGAGCUAGCUGUCCAGAUCUUCACCACAAGCUUCCCUCGACCAUCAAAAGAGCUGCGUCUGAUGCAGAAUACAGUGCAGAUUAUGUACCUGCUCCAAAAAUCAUUCACAAUGAGACGAAUAGUGAUGAAUAAAUAAAAUGUAGCGUGUGUGAGAAUGAACUGUGUGUGAAUGUUGUACUAAAUAUGAUUUGCUUUUAAAGGUGUGUAAUCUUUUGUAUGCUCAAAUAUUCAAGACAGAAAUGCAUGCGGUUUCCAUUGAAUCAGGUGUUACUUUUUUCUGUUUCCUCUAAAUCCAAUAAAUUACUUUUUUGGAGAA